AUGGCCAUCACAACUCCAUUCCAGACACAAUUUGCCGUACCUAUGACAUGUGAAGCAUGUGUAAAAGACAUUCAAGGGUCAUUAUCUAAACUGAGCGGGAUACAAAAAGUUGAAGCAAGUCUCAAGGAUCAACUUGUCACUAUUGAAGGAACAACUGCGCCUUCGGAGAUUGUACGGGCGAUUGAGGAGACGGGGCGAGAUGCGAUAUUGAGGGGUUCGGGAGGUGGUACUGAUGGAGCAGCUGUGUGUAUUCUUGAGACACAUGAUAUGACGGUAUCGGAUAAGGUGCGAGGGUUGGUGAGGAUGGUGCAGGUUUCUCCUUCAUUGACGUUGGUGGAUUUGACGAUUCGGGGAUUGCAAGAGGGGACGUAUUGGGCUACUGUUAGAGAAGCGGGAGAUAUUUCUAAUGGAGCGAUAUCUACGGCGGGUUUGUGGAAGGGGGAUGAUGAGAGUACACCUAAAGGUGUGUUUGGUACAGUGAGUGUGGGGACGAAUGGUGUGGGAAGUGUGUUUUUGGACAAGCCUAUUCAGAUAUGGGAGAUGAUUGGGAGGGGAAUGGUAGUAUCGAGACAACAUGAGGGAGACAGGAAGUUUGAGAGGAAUGAUGAGAAUACACUCGUGGGGGUGAUAGCACGGAGCGCAGGUGUGUGGGAUAAUGACAAGACGGUUUGUUCUUGUUCGGGCAAGACAUUGUGGGAGGAAAGGAAGGAUGAGGUCAGCAAAGGCAUGCUCUGA